ACUGUUGUAUAGUAUAUUCUGAAAUUUAAUUAAACCCUUUAACAACAUCUUUAAAAAUUUUUGGAUGCAGUGAAAUAAAACAAUUAACUAGAAUGCAGUAAAGCUAUUAAUUUUAAAAAUUUAACCGCUAUUUGCUGUUAUACAAUUUUUUAAGAAAUAUUGUCAACGGUUUAAAGUUUAAAGCAUCACAAUGCAUGCAAGAUUGAUAGGUGGUGUAUGUAUUAAAGUAUUGGUGGCAGCACAAAAAGAUGGUACAUAAAAUGUUAACAGAUUAUGAUUUGAUCGUUGGAAAUGCAAAUCUGUCUUCAAUCUGUUAAAAAGUCGUUAUCUUUUUAAUGAGUCUAGAAAAAGGGUUUAAAAAGAAUAAAAUGAAAUUUAAUUGCCAAUUUACGCUUAGAGUCGUAACAUUUUUUUCUCCCACGCAAUUUUAUCACUUGAAUUCAAGAAAGCAAGAAAAAAAUUCAAUCGAAGAUUAAGUUUUUGAAAAGAAUUGACCAAAGUUAAAGUUAGAGUACAACAUUAUCUUUUAAAUGUAUUACUGAGCAAAUUACGAAAACUGUCAUGAUAACUGAUGAAGAGGAAACUGAUAAUAUUAGUUUGAAAUCUUCUGAUAAAGAUAAUCAAAACACGUGUAUUGAAAGAGACGUUUACCAACAAAUUGCUGAAAAGGAUCAUUAUUUACUUUUGGCUGCAGAGGCUGGGAAAGUGCUGCUAGAAAAAAAUAAGCAAAUUACUAAUUAUUAUCAAAGGUUACAGAAAGAAUAUUUACAUAAAAUUGAGGAACUUGAACAAGAAAAACAUCAUCUCAAAAAAGAACUUACAGAUCGUGAUCUCAAUUACGAAUCUCGAAUGCAGGAACUACAAAAUGAGUUUAAUAAUCUCAGCGGACAACUUCAUAAGGUACAAAAAUCUUCUUUAAUGUUUGAACGCUCAAAUCAAUCUUCUUUUGAAGACCUUGCUGUACAAAAUUCAUCAUUAAUCAGCGAAUUGGAAGAGAUGAAGUCUUAUAACAAGGAGCUAUCUAACCAAGUUAAAGCUUUAUCAAAGAGACUUGAUGAACCUAAAGAUCAAUUUCUAUCAAAACUACAAUUAAAAAUGAAUUCAGAACCAGUAACUAGUAUUAGUGUUGAUUCCUUACUCGAAAGACUUGAUUGCAAUGAGACUAAAAAAUUAAAAGAGCAGGUCCAAAGUUUACUUGAAGAAAAGAAUUACCUCGAAUCUAGUUUAUUAGAAAGCAUUCGCGAAAAAGAUGCUUUGACUGUUAAACAUGAGACUUUAUUGAUAAAGUUAGCAGGGCUUGAGAGGGAAAUACAUUUUUUAAAACUCCAGGUUGAAGUAUAUCAAGACAAUAUGUCAAAAGUUCAAAAAAAAAAUGAGAAAUUAAAAGAUCGUUUACAACUAUGUAACUCUUUUCACCAGUUACCUGCACCAAGUCAAGGAGUGUCUUUAUUUGAAGAAAUGUCAUUUGAUACAGAUUUCCAUAAAACAAGCAGCCCAAAAAAGAACAGAGAAAAUGAGAUAGAAAAUGUGCAAUCUGAAUACAAGAAGAUUUAUCAGAAACUGACAAAACUAAAAAACAAACUCUUAUUUGGGUCAUUAAAAAAACAUCCUUAUGAAAAUAUUGAUGUUGUCAAUAGUGAUACUAUAAUAAAAAUAAUUGAUAUGAUAGAUAUUUUAAUACAAAAUAGUGUUAUGUUGGAAGGCUCACAAAUUAAUGAAGAUUAUGAUCAUACGUCACAAAAUGAAUCUCAUGUAUCAGAUAGAGAUAUUGAAGCUUUAGAGCAACAGGUAAAUGAUUUGAAUCAUCGUUUGAACAUAGCAACAAACAACUGUGAACUUGCUAAGAAAGAUCUUUCUAUAGCUCAAGCUAGUGCUUUAUUACAAGAAGAAGUAUUGCAAUCACUUCAGAUUAAGGUAAAUUCACAUGAACGAGAAAUUGAAUCACUUAGAAAAGAACGCGAAAUUAUUCUGGCAGAUAUCAGUAUUGAUGAGAAAUUAAAGGCUGUUAUACAAGAUAGAGAUGAAGCUUUUUCUAAGGUGAAUUUUGUAUCAGGGAAAUUAGAAGAAUCAUAUUGUGACAUACGAAAGUUAAACUCUCAACUUUUAAUGGUUGUAGAACAAAAGUUUGCUUUAUCUGAGCAAUUGGAAGAAUGGCAGUUUGAUAUGGCAUCUUUAAUUGAUCAGCAGCUUACUACAAAAAUAAAAGACGAGCAAUGGAAGUCAAGGAAGCGCAGUGGUAGUAUCACGCCGGCUAGAUUACUUGCUUCAAAAAUUUUUUCUAGUAGAAAUAAUAGCAAGAACCCGUCUCCAAAUAGAGUGAGCUCGCCUGUUUCAUCAAAAACUAAGUAAGCUUAUAUCUUGCCGGAUUUAGCACAGUAUCUACAAAUUUUAACAAAAAUAAUAUUGAAUAAAGAGAAAUUAAUAUUAAUUAUUAAUAUUAAUGAUAUUUUAGAAUAUUAUCAAGGAUUUUUUUAUGUGUAUAGAUUUUUGUAUUAAGUUAUUUGUAUAGAAUUUUAAUGUGACUAAUUUAUAGUGAUUGAUGUAAAUAUCUGAAACUUUUUUCUAAAUUAGUUUUAUUUAUCUUCAACUUGUAUAUAACGCAAAUUUUUGUUAUUAGGAAGUUCGAAAUUUUUUGUUUUAUUUCUUAAUUGGAAGCUUUUUUUUUUUUCUUUUUUCUUUGUUGACAUAGCCCCCGAAAUAGCUUAAUUACGACCACUAGCAAAGAUAGCUCACGUGUUUGCCAUUAGGGUUUUUUUUUAUUGUUCCCCCUUUUUUUAAUUUUUUUAUUUAUCCUUUUUUUUUUGUUUUGUUUUUUUUGUUUAGAAUUAAUUUCUAAGUCUAAAUCUAUUGUUAAAGGAUCAAAGUUUCAUAUACAUAAAUAUUUUUUA